AUGCAGUGCUCUCCAUCUGCCUUGGCAUCUCUUUGGGAUUCUGCCCCGCACCGUGAAGUGACCAUACCAGAUUUCCCCAUUGGCGUCUGGCCCGAUGCUUGGUCGCCAUGGACCUCUAAUCGUGGCUCCAGUAGUACAUCUUCUUCACCUCGAGCAAUCAACACACCGCCCGAAAAACCUCAUUUGCGAACUCCCAACUGCUGCGACUCCGAUCUGAAUACUAUCCAAAACUCGUUCAAACAAAUGGGGCUACGCGAUACUGUGUUACCUAAGCCAAGGGCACCGGUCCCGCCUCCGACGAUGUCAUCAAUAAAAACCGAUGUGCUCAUAAGACCGAUGAAAAUUACCGGUAACCGGUGGACUUCGUUGGAAAAUGAGUUGGAAACGUGGGAGAAGCGUCUCACCCGAGGCCAAUCGACGUCAUCCUCAACCCGUAUCCAACUGGAGGAGUUCUCGGAGUUCCUGCGUCGGCUGCGUGCUCUGGUUCGUAGAAAAUCGGAGGAGGGAUUGGAAUUGUGCGCCUUCUGUCGGAACAAUGGUGAACCGUUCCAAGUGUAUAUCACACACAAGGUGCGAGAUGCCUCAGGUCGUGUCACUUGUCCUGUUUUGCGAUUGCUGUCCUGUCCAGUGUGCAAAUCGACGGGGGAUGCAGCUCACACGAUCAAAUACUGUCCCUAUCGCGGAACUGAACGGUGA